CAGGUUUCACUGUGUUGUCACUGUGUUCUGCUAUCAGAAUUGACUUUCUUUUGAGAACGUUAAGAAUCAAUCUGUCAGGUUGAUUAUUUUCCUACCAUCAAAAUCCUUCUUCUUUGGACUCUUUUAUUUUGUGACCAAGAACAAUCAUUCUACCAGAUUAUCCUUUAUUGUUGAUCAGGAUCAGGACUGUUAAUAUGUUAAUAUCCUAGGACCAUUUCAGAUAAUUUUGAAUGAAAAAGUACUUCUUCAGGAAUACCACCAAUCAUGAUCAUCUUACGACUUCAAGGACUUCCUUGGUCAGCUACAGCCAAAGAUGUCCGUCAACAUUUCGAGGGUCUAUCCAUUCCAGAUGGUGGUGUACAUAUCAUUGGAGGAGAGGAAGGCGAUGUUUUUAUCGCUUUCAGCUCUGAUGAUGAUGCUCGCAAGGCAAUGCAACUUCAGAAACAACCACUCAAUGGAAGUCGCAUCAUGCUCUUACUAAGCAGCAAAUCAGAGAUGCAGGAGGUGAUUGCAGAAAGCAGAGCUGCAACACAGAAACCAGAUCCCUUUGGGACGUCUGAGAUAGUCACCCCACCUGUGGCUCAGACCAAUCAACGUGGUUUACUAUCCAGAGAGGGUUCUGUAACGAGUUCCCACAGCCAGGGAUACCAAGGGUUUCCCCAGAGUGAUGAUCAGCAAAGACAACCUUCAGGGUAUGGUGAUGGUUAUCGAGGUAGUAAUGUAAAUGUAUCUAAUCAGUCACUUCCUCCCCAAGGUUAUGGUACCUCGUAUCCUCCAUCACAGAGUAAUGAAAGAUUGAAUUUUGGCCAUUCCCAGAAUAAAAUGUAUGGUAAUGACCGUUUCAAUGAGGAUUCCUUGGGUAGAGGAGAUGCUGGUCAACGUCCAAUGUAUCAGGAAUUCAACACCCAAGAGAGAAAUCAAGGGAUUCAGAGACGAGAUGAUUUUGAUGCAGGAAGGCAAGGUCGCACAGACAGAGAUUCAGGAUAUCCACAGGAGUCUGCUCAGUUUGAUAGGUUCUCAGAAUAUGACAGACAAGAGGAGAGAUUCCCUUCUGGAAAUGUCCAAGAUCAACAAUAUAGAUCAGGUUCAUAUGGCAUGAGAUCAGACAUGCAAUCUUUGGAUCGUGACAUGUCCUACAUGCAGGGGGGUGACAAAUCCCGUAGCCUCCUCCCUUCCGAGGGAAUGAGGAAUACAGAUGAAAGAGGCUAUCAAGAAGAGGUCGAUGAUCCAAUGGAAGGAAUAUCUACAUCAUAUCCUCCUGCUGGUCCUACUGACAAGUUUGACUACCAGCAAACAUCGGACGCAGAUCAAAGAGGGAGCAGCGAUCAGGUAAAAUCGAGGGACUCUCAUUCCGAAAUCACGCAACCUAUGUAUGGAAGGCAGAAUUUAGAUAGGGAACAAGAAAAGGGUAAAUUCAUCAGAACACCAUACGAGGAUGCUUACUGGGCAACAAGCACUUCAUCCAGAGACUUACCUUCUGAAGCAAUGCAAGGAAGAAGGACUGAUAGCUUCAAGUCCUUUCAAGAUAAUCAAGGCAAGCCUAUGACAGAGAAGAGAGAUCACUACCAGAGUGAAGGGUCCAAUGAGAAUGAGAUGGGAGGAAGUUUUUUCGACAACAAACAAUAUGGAAACACCCAUCUUAAUCAAGGAUCUAUGUACAAUCAGCAAGAUAAACGAGAGGAAUCAUUCAACAUGGAUCAAUCUCAGUCUGCUGUUUAUCCAAUGUAUCAAGAUUACAGAUCUCAAUCUUCUGACUUUGACAAUCGCAUGGGAGAUGUGUCUAAUCGUGCUCCAUUAUCAAAUCAAGAACCGCCAAUUCCUUCACUCAAAGCUGAUAUUCCUUCCAGAGUUGAUUCUGAUUCUCAAAUGUAUGGCUCAAGAGUAAAUCAACAACUACCAACAUCUACUGCCUCAUCUCUAUUAGAUCAUCCUGCUCCUGCAUCUCUUUAUGGAACCAAAUUGCAAAUGUUGGAACCUUCAGGUGAUGAGUUUUAUGCAGUGCGCCUCUCUGGAUUACCUUAUGGAUCCUCAGAGAGGGAUAUCAGACUAUUCUUGCGUGAUAUCAAUAUUGCACCUGAUGGUAUCCAGAUUCACAAUGACCCACGUGGAAAUAUGACUGGUACUGCCAAUGUAAAACUUCGAGGACCAAGUGAUAUCGACCAAGCGCUUAAAAGACAUCAGCAGUAUAUGGGAAAACGUUACAUUGAUGUACGUCCAUGCCUUCAAUCUGAGUGGGAAAAAGAAAAGGAAGACAUAUCCAGGAGUGAACCAUCUAGAAGACGUAGUAGAUCACCUGUUAGAAGCAGAAAGUCACCCCUUCGAAGCUCCAAUACUGCUAUCGAAAUGAGGGGAGUGGCUCCUUUCACAAAAAAUUCUGAUAUUGUUGACUUCUUUGAAGGAUUAGCAAUGAGGCAGGAUACCAUUCAUUUUGACCCACAUAAAGAUGGCCCUGGGUCAGGUACAGCUUAUGUUGAGUUUGUUGAUUCAGAUAUGGCAAGGAGAGCUUGCCAGAAGAAUGGGAAACUUUUCAACAAAAGAAGUGUUUCAAUCAGAAUUAUUUCAAAAGAAAUUAUGGAGGCAAAGAUUUCAGAUAUGAAAAGAAGAGCUGAUGAAAAACGCUCACCUGGAAGAAGAAGUCCAGACAGGCGAAGAGGCAGUAGCCCAUACAACAGGAGAGGACGUAGUCCAGGUAGAAGAGCAAGGAGUCCUGUCCGAAGCAGUAGUCGUAGCUCCCCAGGAAGAAAUGGACCAGGGAGAAGACAAACAAGUCCUUCAAGAGAUAGAAGGGAUAGAGAUCGAGACAGAGACAGAGACAGGGAAUCAUCACGCCAGAGCAGGAGAAAUCAAAGCCCUGUUCGCCAUGGCUCUCAAGACAGAAAAAGUACAUCAGAAAAGAAAGACAGGAGGGAUCAAGAACCAAGAGAAGUAAGGUCAUCAAGUAAAGGUAAUGAAGAUAAAAGUCGUGGCUCACCAAAAACUGAAGAAAAAGAUCGCUCACAGAAAGCAGCUAGGCAAGAUGGUCCUUCAAAAUCAUUGUUGCCAUCCCCAAGUUUGCAAAAGGAAAAGGGCAAAGAACAGGGAUUGCUGAAAACACCUGAGCUUUCAGCAAACGAUAAACCUCCCUUCGGGCUCACACAAAAGAAUUUUGGGUCUGUCAAUAUUCCACAAGCUGUUUCUACUUCCAAAGCAAGACCAGAUGAAACAAAGGAAGCACCCUCCAUAGAUUUUCAUGCAAUUCGGGAUGCAGUGUCCAGAUUCAGUAAAGAUUCAGUAGAUAAGCAACAAGGAGAGGACAGACAAAAUCCAAUGAGCAGCAAACUUGGUGUACCAGAGCAAAAGCAAGGUCCCAUUGACAGCAGGCUUGGUGUAUCCGAGCAUAGAAAAGGUCCCAUGGAAGGUCGGCAAGAUCCGAUUGGCAGCAGGCAUGGAGGACCAGAUCACGAGCGAGGUCUGUUAGAGAGCAGGCAUGGUGUACCAGAGCUCAUGCAAGAUCCAAUGGACAACAGGUAUGAUGUACCAGAGCAGAUGGGAAUGUCUGGAGGAAUGUUAGGGAACAAUAGAACUGCUCCAAAGGAAACCUUUCCAUUCACUGAUGAAAGGCAAAAUAAAGGAGGUCUACUGGAUUUCCAACAUGGUCAGUUUGGAGGUCCACGGAGAGGAUUUGAUGAUAACAGGAGAGACGGUCCUAUAACUAUGCAGAGUGGCCCUGCAAGCAAUCCAUUUGUUGGGCCUAGAGAUAGCAUGCAAGGUAGUGAUUUACAGCAUCGUUCCUUAGACAACAUGCCUAGCGGCCCUAUGGAUAUGGAUCGUGGACCAUUUAAUGGCCCAAGAGGAAACAGGCAGGAUAAUCCUAUGCAUCAUGGCCAAAUGAGCAAUACAUUUACUGGGGCUAGGAAUGAAAUACGAGAUGAGCCAAUGAAUAUGCAGUCAGGUCCUAUGGGUAACAUACGUGAUGGACCUGUAGACAGGAGAAGGGAUCAAUCUAUGGAUAUGAAUCGUCCAUUUAGCAACCCUGAAGAUAUGAGGGCAAAUCAUCCCUCAGACAUGCAUCAUGGUUCAUUUGGGGGCCCUGGAGACAACAGACAAGGUGGUCCAAUGGGCUCUAGAUGGGAAGGCGGCAUAUCUGAUAGACAAGGAAGAAUGCAAGAGUCUUGGCAAGGUGGACCCAGACCUAACAGACAGGAUGAAGGUAGAGGUGAAACUACUGUGCAUAGUUCUCGAGGAAGAUCUUUGGAAGAAUGGCGACAGGAUCAAAGGAAUAGAAAUAAUGAAUCCAUGGAUAUACAAGAAGGACAACCAGGACAAAGUGGAGAAAGAAGACGACCCCUCAUUGAGAGUAUUGGACCUCAAAGUCAUGGUAGUAGUGAAAAAAAACCACUUCUUGACUUCCCUGAAGGUGAACUAAAAGGAUAUGAUAAGGACAGAGAUAUUGAUAGAAGACAGCAAGGAUUUUUUGAUCACCAAGAUAAAGACCGCAUAAACGAGAGGGGACCACAAGGAAUGAACAUAAGGGAUCCAAGCCCACGAAGGUGGACUGACAACCAAUCAGAGGAAAGGAUACCACGUGGAGGCAUUGGUUUUCCUAAUCAAGGGCCAGGUGACAAUUCACAAGGAAGAAAUGGACCUGGUUUCAGGCCCAAUGCUAGAGAUUCCUUUCCUAGAGAUGGAAGGAAUGUACCUUCCCAACAGGACGGUCCUCCUUUUCCACAAAGAAAUAAUUUACCUGGUUUGCUUGAUGAAAUUGAAGGAGAUAGGAGAGAACCAGAUAAUCAAGGACCAAGAGAUAUACAUGGUCAUAUGGACAGACAACAUGGGCCUGAAGAUCGCCGAUCAAUGGAAAGAGAUAUGCGUAUGCCAGGGGAGAGAGAACCACAUCAUAACACGGGCCCACCAUCAGGAUCAUUUGAUGGACCUCCAGGAGAUGGUGCCAGUGAAUAUGUAUGUGCACACAUUAGAAAUGUCCCCUACACAGCACGAUGGCCAGACAUUGCUCACUUUUUCAGUGGCAUCCAGAUUGUUCCUGGUGGUAUUCAUAUUAUGAUUAACUCAAGUGGAAAACCAUCUGGCCACUGUUUCGUUGAAUUCACUGAUGCCCACCAAGCUCGUUUAACGGAAGAGCGUAGACUGCAAAAGCUGAAAGAUCGACCGCUUCAGAUCAACGCUUGUUCAAAGUCAAUGAUGAUUCGUGCUUUGCAGGAAACUGGAGAGUUGCAACAAAAUAGACCUAAUCAUGGAUUUGGAGGACGUGGUCGUGGACAACCUUUUGGUGCCAGGGGACCACAUUUCCAAGGUAACAGAGGCCCUGUUCCACAUCAAGAUUCUCCUCAUGGCUUUCAUCCCCGUGGACCACAUCCACAUGGCUCAUUCAGGCCACCAUUUAGAGAUAUGAUGGAUGAUGGACGCCCUCAACAUCUGGAUGAUGGCCGACCUAGACAUCCUGACGAUGGACUGCUUCCAAGACAACCUGAUGAUGGCCAUCUUCUUCCACAUCCCAAUGAUGGCCGUCCUCAUCGACAUCCUGAUGAUGGGCACCCUCCUGGUCGUCCUGAUGAUGGCGGCCCUCGCCAUCCCGAUGAUAGGCAUCCUCCUCGACAUCCCCAUGAUGGCCGUCCUCGACAUCACGAUGAUGGACGUCCUCCUCGUUAUCCCGAUGAUGGCCGUCCUCCUCGACAUCUCGAUGAUAGCCGUCCUCCUCGACAUCUAAAUGAUGGUCGUCCUCGGCACCCGGAUGAUGGUCAUCCACCUCGACAUCCGGAUGAUGGUCGUCCUCUGCAUCUUGAUGAGGGUCGUCCCCCUCGACGUCCGGAUGAUGGUCAUCCUCAACAUCCUAGUGGUGGUCGUCCUCGGCAUCUGGAUGAUAGACCUUCUCAAAACCCACGUGACCACAGACCACCUGAAAGGCCUCAAGAGAAGCAUGAGCAAAAGAAACCAGAACCUUCAAAGGAAUCUAAACAAUCUGAACCUAAUAAAAAGGUCCUUACUCCAGCUCCCAAGACUGCUGCUCCUGAACCAUCCCCUAAGAAACCACAACCAGAAAAACCUAAAGAAACUGUUCCAGAGACGAAAGAGACAAAUACAUCUCCUGUAUCAACUAAAUCUUCCCCCAUCCAGUCUGAUCAACACAAAGGGUGUGUUGUUACUGCAACAAAUCUCCCAUUGACAAUCACUGUUGAUGCUAUUGGGGAUUUCUUUAAAGGUUUUAGUACUAUUAAGGGUGCUAUCAAAUUGGACACAAAUGAAGCAACAGGCAAAGCAACAGGACAAGCAAAGAUUGUAUUCACCAACCCGACAGAGGCUAAUCGUGCCAUCAAGGAGCGUAAUAAUCGACCUCUAAAUGGGCGGAUUGUCAGACUCCAUGUCAUGUGAUUAUAAAGUCUAGACCUUCUAUUGGAAAAGUGAUGUUAACUCCCAGAUAUCAGGCAGAUGGAGUUGAUGACAUUUGAUUGUUUCUUUCCUGGUACUCAAUGUAUUGUGAGUUUUGCCCGUUGGAUUUUCUUUUCUUUUUAUUAACAAUAGGGCCUAUGUCAAAAAGCCCUAGUCAAAAUCAUUUGAAUAUUUUUUUCAUUAUGGCCUUUUGUUCCUAUUUUUUUAAUCCGAAAAAUAUCAUUAUAUGAAAUUUGCUGUUCUGACUUUCAAACCUCUGUUCAUGACCCUCUUCAAAAGUUUAAUGAAAGUUAUGUUUAAUGAUUGUAGACCAUCUUUGUUCAGCAAACUUACGUAGAAUUUGACUGAAUUCCUACCAGAUAAUAUUUGCAUGUAUAUUCACUGUAAUUGUUGUUGGGAUUUUGUGUUGAGAAAAAAAAUAAUUUCAUGAUUAUUACAAUUGUUUAUUCCCUAAUCAUUGCAUAAAUUCAUUUUUCCCAGCUUGUAUUGUUAUCUAGGAUUUUUUUGUCAGUCUUUUUUUUGGACAGAUUAUACAAUAUUAAAUUUUAUUACUUUCUUUUCAAGUAGUUUGUGCAUGUUCGAACUAUUAUGCCAUAGUAGAAGCUGAUCUCAUUGAGGCUGCUUAGACUAGUAAUGUACAAUGUACCUGUUCUUUAUGAUGCACUUUGUAAAGUUAAAAGAUCAUCUCACAAAAUAAAUAAUUGUUUCCUUUUUAAAUGUGUGUUUUUGUAAAAAAAUAUGAUUCCAAGUACUAGUAUGAAACCUUCCAGUAUGUAAAGUUUGGUAUGAGAUUCUGAUUACUUUUUUAAGAAGCACAAUUUUUGCUUUGAUAAUUGUUUUCUGCAUGUUGGACCUACAAUCCAAAUAGAAGGGAAUUAUAGUAAUUUAUGCAUGUAAAUUUGUGUUUCAUUCUUAAAGUGUGCAAGAAAAGAGCACAUCAUUUCAAACCAUCAAUUUUUUUUAUAGAUUUCUCAUGUUACUCUUUAAACUGUUGAAAAAUAUCUGGUUUGGCCACAGCUGUAUAUAUCUUAGAAAUGGAGUUGAAAUCACAAUAAAGAUGUAUUUUCUCUUUUAGCAUUUCACAUUAGUUUCACAAAACUAAAGCAUAUAAAAUGAGCAUAUAUAUGCAGUAAAUAGUUAAGAAAAUAUGUUAUCAGCUAUCUUUAUAAAUGUUACAUUUUAUCUGUUUCAUUUAUACACUACUAAUCUAAAUUGAAACCUUUGUAUGUAAAUGCAGUUGUAUGCUUGAAAAAUAAUUUUGAUUGUUUGCCGUAUGAAAUAUUGUCUCAUUUUGAAAAGCAUGCCCCCCCCCCCAACAAAAAAAGAAGGAUACUCAUAACAGGAGAGAUUUGGGAGUAUCUAGGGAAAAAAAUUGUAUGCUCAACAUUAUUUUUUUCAUUUCAUAGAAAUUAUGAUCUGUCUUUGAUAAAUUACAAAUAUUACUACUGCUAAGUUCGUAUCGUUUGUUGCUUUUCGAAAUGUAUCCUCAAUUUUUUUUAAUUUGGGGAUACCCACUAUGAUGUGCUCUUUGUGUGUUUUACUCAUGUAUUUUAUUUUCAAAUUUGUACAUACAAUUUUCUGCCAUUCUGUUGCGCAUAGAAAAAUGUGAAUGCAUUUUUUCUCCAUAUGCAUUAUUUUUAGUUCAUCAUUCUUUUUUUUGUUACAAAAAAGAACACCGUGAAAGCUGGUGAUAGCGAUUUUGAAAACAAAGCCUAUUUUGGACAUCUUUUGGUUGAAAAUUAUGUGUAAUAUUGUGUAUAUAAUGCUUUAGGUAAUUCAGUUGGUGUAUGAUACUCUAUCUGGCUCUCCCCAUUAAACAUGAUCUGUAAAAUAGUCCCAAUUAUUUCAAUGAUUGUGAUGUACCAAGAUUACACUACACAUACAAUAUAAAAAGUAAAUGAAUGAGAUAAAGAAGAUGAAAGUGUCAUAUUGAUUAUGUUCAUGCUGAAUUUGGUAUGUUUCUGUUGAGAUUUUUUUAUGACUAGGAUGUGAACCCCUGAAUAACUUUGUCCUCUAAAAAUGCCUACUAGUUAUUGCUUAUUUAUUCCCAGUAUAUAGCAAAUGCUUUGUCGAAAAAAAAAUGAUGGUAUGCAGGUAUGCUCUAGCCUCAAGUCAUACAAAGGUGUAUUUGUUUGGUUAUUAUUUCUGAUAUUACCCAAGUAUGCUCUGUACAAGUGUCUCGCUUAUUUUAUAUAAUCUCGAUGGUCCAAUUAAUUUGUUUCUAUAUUGGUUGUUGGUGGUUUUGUCAAGUAAUUAUGAGCUUUGUGUGAGAUAUACUUGUAAAAUUUAAUCUUAUAACAAAAAAUACAAUGCUUUUCAUAUUUGACUUGUUAUAACUGAUAGACCAUACUUACUCUAUGUAAAGGAUGACCUAGCUGUAUAGUGUACCCCCCCCCCAUGCAUCUCGUGUAAAUAUUAUCAUACCAUUGAUUUAUUUGAUUAUUUUGUUUUGCUACAACACGUAAAUCACAAAUGAUGAUUGUUUAAGGUUGACUGUUGAUUGUCUAAUUUUGUAUGUCUUGGCCAAAAUAAGGAUUCCUGUAAGACUCUAGUUUGAUUGUACGUAUUCACCACUUUAUAUGGUGUCUGUGUCUGUAAAUACAUGUACAAAGUGUAUAGAGCGGUUCGUUUACCUUUCUUAGUGUUUUAAUAGUUGAUUUUUCAUGCACUGUACUUGACAUUAAAAACCAACUGAUAUAAGAUGAAAGCAUUAUACGAAACGGUGAUAUGGAAUGAUGUUAGCAAAGUACACUUUAAUUUCAUUUUUUUAAAUAAAUGUGAAAAUGGGUUAAUAGUUUAAUGUAUUCAUUAUUUGGAAAGCUGAAGAAAGAAAAGGCAAAGACCACAUUGUAAUCUGAUUAAGAUAAAGAUGUGUCCCAUCAUUAUAUAUCAUAACCAAAAACCUUGAAUUUCUUUAAUGGGACAAAUUAAAAAUUUAGACUUUGCAGACGUUACACUUUCCUCUUUUUUCAAUUUUCUGUAUGUUCAUUUCAUUUAUGCUGUGUAUUGUCUUAAUGCAUGAAGGUUCCCUGUUUUGUUAUUCGGCUUUCAUUGAAAGACGCCCAUUCUAGCAUCAAAAUACACCACUGUUGUUUUCAUGAUUGACAUUCCUGCAAAUAUCAUGUUUCCAUGUAUCAAUCAAGUCAGUAAUUUUGUAAAUUGAUAAACUGAUAAAAACAUCAAACAUUGAUCUGUUCUUGUGAAAUUUGAAAUGACCCUUAAACACAAGCAUGAUUCAUGGUACAUGUAUAUUCUUGUUUUAGUGGAGAUGUUUUGCCUUUGAAUUUGCACCUCUUGGUAAUCAUUUUGAUGCGAGGAAUCCCCUGACCAUGUUGCAAAGUGUAUCAUUCUGUAUAAUAUUCAUGCUUAAUUGUUUGCUUGUCAUUUUUGUUAGUUCAGAAGAUGUAUUAAAGCCUGAUCAUUGAGACUUAAAA